CAGAAUUUUAAUGAACAAAGAAAGGGAAAGUGUCCACGCAAAGAACUUUGCUUAAUUUGGUGGUUGAAAUGGUUGCAACAUAUGAAAUGCAUAAUGAAAUGUUAGGUCAAUCGGAUAUCCUACUUCAAUGCGGACAGCCACCUUUAGAAAGCUAUGCACCAAACGAUGCAUAUUUUGCCCAAGGUGACCAACGUAUGUUGGCGUCACCACCACAAGAUUAUGGCGCAUGCGCACUGCAAUACUGGCAGGAAACUCCGAGGACUUAUCCAAGAGUACGUUCACGUUCUGAACUGCACCUACGUCAUGGAUUACGUCAUCAGGUUGCUAUUGGAAACCACCAGCGACGUUUAAAGAGGAUAUCUGAUUGCAAGCAAAGAACACAAAACAAUUACCAACAAACGAGAUACACUGCGCCCAAUAGCUUCCUACGGGACUAUCAAGUUUCGCCGUUUCCUGGCAUCGUCUGCCAGCCCCUUUCCGUCUCUAUUCCUGUGACGUCAUCCGAAAUGGACGUCAUGGACCUAUCACCCCACGUGACAAGCCACGUUGACCCAUCAGAACGUCACUACAUGGGUCUUGAUAUGACCUCGAACAAUGCUGUAGUGACCCCUGACGUACACGCGUCAACUACAUCGUCGCAGGACACUCGGAACGCUGAUGAUGUAAUCAUGUCGUCAUCGGGCAUAGACUAUCCACCCAAUAUCGCAAUAUCACCCGGAUCGUGCAAAAGUCCAUUUUGUUGUACUUCUCCUGGUUACUGCAACUUCCCUUACCACAACCAUAGCUUUGGCAGAAGCAGUCACUCGGUUUCACAUUGCGGUCCACCCACAAACGAGGUUUCACCGAUUCAUCACGAAGCCGUGAAUCGCUCCCAGUCCGACCCCUUCCAGCAAGAACAAGUGUUCGUUCGUGACUCACCGCAUGACGUUGAUUCGGCACCAACUCCUGUAUUCAACCGACGAAUGUCUGCUCCUACAGUUCAUGACCCCUUCCCCGGGAUCAAAGCGGACCAGAUCUCCUUGCCAGGACUUGGCGAGCACGACGACUUCAGUGAGGUCAUGGCCCCAAUGACGUCACUAUCCUCCUCUUCGUCUUCUUCGUUGUCGUCAUCGACCUCCUCCAUAUUAAACGAAAAUUUACUCGCUGACGUCACGGGCAAUGACGUCAUGGGGCUGCUGGCUUCGCCUAAACUCGAGAUUCUCGAAAAUUCGACAUCGAUGGACUUUUAUCCAACCGAGAAAACGAAAACUACUUUUGCGGGGGCUGGUCCUGUGAGACGAAGUCCACCGCCGCCUAAUGUAACUCUAAACCCGGAUAAACAUAAACGAAGCACCCUCCCACAAGAUCCGAGCACAUGGACCAGAAACCAUGUAAAAGAAUGGUUGGUAAACUCCUCAAAGGAAUAUAACCUCCAGGAACUUGAUCUAAAGAAGUUUGCAUCAACGGAUGGCUACAAGCUUUGCCAAAUGACAAUGCGUGAUUUGUGCCGAAUAACUUCCAAGGCGAACGCGGAGGUUAUCCUAAACAAACUGUCGCUUUUAAAACGAAGCAACUCUACCAGUUCAACGUUUAACGGAGUUAUGGACCCAUUUCAAGCUGCCCAGGCAAGAAUGCCACACGUAAAAGAUCCAUACAAGUUGUUUGGACCUAUAUGUUUAGAGUUAUCUAACCCAGG